AUGCCUAUCCCACGAGUCAUGGGUGACAUGCUUCUCCUUCCAACUGGUGACAUUAUCAUAAUAAACGGUGCUGAGCUCGGUGUUGCUGGUUUUGACAAUGGUCGAGUCCCAAUCACUAGACCCAUCAUAUACCGUCCAUCUGAAGAUCGAUUCUUCAUCAUGUCACCAUCUUCAAAACCAAGAAUGUAUCACUCAACAGCUAUUCUUUUACCAGAUGGACGUUUAUUAAUCGGAGGAAGUAACGCACAUAUUUACUAUAACUUCACCAAUGUCGACUUCCCAACUGAUUUGAGCUUAGAAGCUUAUUCUCCACCAUAUUUAUCAACGACAUAUCGUCUUUUUCGGCCAGUGAUUUUAAAAGUUGAUGAGGUGUUAACGCAUGGGGGUUUAUUCUAUUUAAGCUUUUUUGUGAAGCAGUACUUGACGUCCGAUGUUUUAAUGGUGCAAAUUUUCGCACCACCGUUUGUGACUCACUCAUUUUCAAUGAAGCAGAGAAUGAUAGUGUUGAAGAUUAUAAAAAUUACUCAUGAUAACCGAGGUGGAAGACGAGAUUGGUUUAAUGUGACAGCAGUUGGACCGUCAUCUGCAGAGAUUGCACCACCAGGUUAUUAUUUGAUAUUUGUAGUACAUGCUUCUGUACCGAGUUCUGGUGCUUGGGUAAAGAUAGAAUGA